GCUAUUUAAACCCAAAACCCUUUCUUCUUAAAACACACUCUUUCUCUCAGCAUCCGACGACGACGAUGGCCAAGCAGAAGCUCAAGUCUCUCAUGACUUCUUUCACUCCCGACGGUGAAUUCUUCGCCGUCUUGAGUCCGAACGGUGUCGUUAAAAUAUGGAGCACAAGCGAUGGAACUCUGUUGGCAGAGUGGAAGCAUCCAGAUGGAGAUACCAUAGUUGGUUAUUCCUGUAUGGCUUGUAGUUUUGUUGGAAAGAAGCGUAGAAAGGAACGUGGUACUUUCUUAUUAGCUCUUGGUACAAGUGAGGGUGAAAUGUUGGUGAUUGAUGCCUUUUCUGGUGAGACAAAGUGGAAAUCUACUGGACACCAUUCUGGUGGAGUUGCUGCUCUAUCUUUUGCAAAUAGAGGCCGUAGUUUACAUGUAGUUGGAAGAAGAGGAAUGGCUUUCGUGAUGAAAUCAGAAAGUGGAGAAGUAAUACGAGAGUUUGGAGCUUCAGAAAAGCCUAUCUCUUGUUUAGCAUUUUCAUGUGACGAGAAAAAUGUUGCUUUAGCCAGUGAUGGGAUACGGGUUCUAAGCAUGGAAAGCGGGAAAGAGGUUUUGAAGUGUGCAGAUAAUGUGGGUCAAGUGCAGUACCUAUCUAUAUCUGAUGAUGCAAAGACCAUUGUUACAUCAUGUUCUGGGGAGAAACAUCUUCAAGUGUGGAGUUUUGAUUUUGGUUCCAAAUCUGCCAGUAGCGGUCCUGCUCUUUCAAUGCGACAUCCUCCUUUAACUAUUGAAUGCAAGAAUAGUUCAAAUGGAGAAGGUGGUAAAGUCAUAUUGGCAGUUUCAGAAUCUGGUGUCGCUUAUAUUUGGAAUUUGAAUACUGAUUCAAAAGAUGAAGAAACAAAUCCAACAAAGAUCACUGUAAAAGCUACCAAAGGUGAUGCACAUCUGCAAAACGGUUUGAAUGUGAAGAAGACUCGCACUUCUGUUUUUUCUGCCAGAUUGAUCGGUGUAGAAGCAGAUGGACAGGUGACAGCCCUCAUCAGUUAUGGUUCAAUAGAUUCUCCAAAGUUUAGUCUUGUGAAUAUUAGUAACCCAGGGGAGAAUAUUGUUAUUACUGAUGGAGAUACAACUAAAACUGUUCAAGAAAAUGGAAUUCCUACCAGAAAAGAGUCAGAUGCAGUCACCACUUCAGCCCAAAGUAAAAAAGGAAAUAAGAAACGAGCUGCAUCUGAUCCUGAUCUUGCAGCCGCUAGAAGUGAUGUAGAUACUGUUUUGAUUAUAGGUCAUGGGGAGGAUAUGGAUGGAGUCCUUGUUAAUGAUGAUCUGAAUGAGCUUACAAUGGGUGAGAAGCUUGCAGAUUUGUAUUUACUUGAUAACGAUAAAUCCAAGAGCCAUGAAACACAAGAUUCCUCUCCUGCAAAGCCUCCAAGUGCAGACUCGGUUAAUGUUCUGCUUAAGCAGGCACUACGUGCAGAUGAUCGAGCUCUUCUCUUAGAGUGCUUAUACAACCAAGAUAAGAAGGUUAUCACUAAUUCAAUAUCACAGUUAAAACCAGCUGAUGUUCUCAAGCUUUUACAUUCUCUUGUAUCUAUAAUUCAGUCAAGGGGUGCAGUGUUGGCAUGUGCCCUUCCAUGGCUAAAAACCUUGCUUCUUCAACAUGCUAGUGGAAUUAUGUCCCAGGAAUCUUCAUUACUUGCCUUGAACACUUUAUACCAGCUGAUAGAAUCAAGAGUCUCAACAUUCCAAUCAGCUCUUCAAAUAUCAAGUUGCUUAGACUUCCUUUAUGGAGGGAUUGUUAAUGAAGGAUUGGAAGAAAAUGAUGCCAUGAUACCUGUAAUUUAUGAGGACAAGGAUACUGAUGAAGAAGAAGAAUCUGACGAUGCCAUGGAAACUGAUCAAAAUAAUGAAGAAAAAGAAUACAAUCGAGAAGUUGAUGGUACUAAAGAUUUUGAAGGAACCAAUGACAUGAGUGAUUAAAGGUUAUCCCUAUCAAACCAAAUUUCGGCCUAAGAUAAUAUGAAGUUUUUCAUAUGCCAAAAAGCUUACAAGAUCAUAGUAAAACAGUCGAUGCAGCCCAGCACAAACCCUCUCAAAAUUCAGAUACAUCAACAGGGGACUGGGCAGCUUGAUGAUUUGUUUGAGCUGCCGAAUUUCUUGAGGCCUAUGUUGUACGGUAAUGGCUUAAAGCGCUUUUUCUAUUGUAUUUUUUGUAAACCCAUUUAAAUUAAUAACAAAUUGUAGGAAAAACUCAUAAACGUCAGUUUUGGUUAUUUAUGUUUUGAGUAAUGGAAUUAUUGAUUAAAUGCAAUUUGCAUUCAA